AUGCAUGGCAUAAACCGCAUUGCAAAUGUCGCGAAAAAUCGAGAGGAGCUGCCUCUCCUCGAAAAAUCCGGCACCUCUAGCGUCCAAAACAGCCACCAGCGUUUUCUCGCAGUAAUCCAUCACGAGAAAGCACUCCUUGGUGCGUCCAUUGGCAAGCACUGCAUGGGCAUGGAGCGUGACAAUGUUGGGAUGCCCACGCAAAGCCUUCAUCACCGCGACCUCCUUGCGAACCAAGUGAAGGGACUCGUCAUCGUUGCAAAUCAAAUGCUUGAGGGCGUAGUUCUUCCCGGAUUGCGCCUGCUUGAGGCGCCACAUCGUGGAAAUAUCGAGCCACAGCGCGAUCUAGCCGCCGGAUAUCGUCGAUCGAGCAACGCGCAUUCCCAAAACUCCCUGCCGCUUACCUCCGAGGGGAUCGAUCAGAUCCAGCGCGCGGCUGCGAUCGAGGAACAGUGGAUCGGCGGAGCCGCCAGGCAGCUGUUGGUUGAUCUUGUUGGUGGCAAUCCAGAGGAGUUUGUUGCGCAUUCUUCCCAGGUGAAUUGCCUCAAGAUCGGGAGGAAAACAUCGCGGGUGCUCGUCACCGGUGGAGACGAUCACAAGGUCAAUAUGUGGGCGAUCGGCAAGCCCAACGCGAUUCUGAGUUUAGCCGGGCACUCGAGCCCUGUGGAGUCCGUGACUUUCGAUGCGGCUGAAUCUCACGUCGUUGCUGGCGCAGCCAGUGGUGCUAUCAAGCUGUGGGACCUCGAAGAAGCGAAGAUUGUCCGCACUCUUACCGGGCAUCGUUCCAACUGCACGGCAGUCGAUUUCCAUCCGUUUGGAGAGUUUUUUGCAUCCGGCUCGCUUGAUUCGAACUUGAAGAUUUGGGAUAUCAGACGAAAGGGGUGCAUCCAUACAUAUAGGGGUCAUUGCUGUGGAGUGAAUUGCCUCAAGUUCAGUCCAGAUGGUCGCUGGGUAGUUUCAGGUGGAGAGGAUAAAACUGUGAAGUUGUGGGACUUGACUGCUGGGAAGCUCAUCCAUGAUUUUAAGUACCAUGACGAUCAGAUUCUCAGUCUAGACUUCCAUCCUCAUGAAUUCCUUCUUGCGACAGGUUCUGAUGACAAAACCGCAAAGUUCUAUGACUUGGAAACUUUCGAGCUCGUUGGUUCUUCCGGACCUGAAGAUUCUGGAGUUCGACCGAUGAUCUUCACUCCUGACGGCCGGACGCUGCUGUGUGCAUUGCGGGAAGGCUUGAAGGUUUAUUCAUGGGAACCAUUACGAUGCCAUGAUGUUAUUGAUGCCAACUGGUCACGCUUGGCUGAUUUGAAUGUGCAUGAAGGGAAACUCCUUGGAUGCUCUUUCAACCAAAGUUGUGUGGGAGUAUGGGUCGUGGACUUACCUCGAGUAGCCCCUUUCAGGAGUAUUUCCACACCAAGAAACUUGAGAUCUCCUACAAACACGAAUGGAGAGCACGUCUCAUUUCAGAAAGUGAAAACGCCUUCUCCAGGGAGAGACCAGCCUACUAUAGCGACCCCUCAAAGGCGUGGAAGCGCGCCUGAGCUUCAACCUUCAAGGCCAAAUACCAGUUUAGGGACAGAAAGGACGUCGAUAAAGCUUUCUUCUCUCAGAAAGAGUUCGGGCGAGCUAUUGAAACGAAAUAGUGACAGGGAAGCGGAAUGUACAACUUUGGUGUCUCCAAAAACUCCACUUGCUGACAAACUCGAACAAAAGAACCACCCGGAAUCGCACGGGGACAAAACUGGAAGAGGUGAUGACGAUGGUGGUAUGUUCACCACGAGAAGGCGGCUGAGGAAACUAGAAGAAGACUUCUUACUUGAAGCCGACUCUCCGAGAAACUUAACAUCGUUUGGGGCUUCCACUACAGGUAAUGGAAGGCCAUGGUCUUCGAGUGCAUAUUGGGAAAGAAGGGAAAAAGAGCGCGAGAGAAGUGCGGGGCCAGACGCACGGAAUGGAGGGAAGUUUUACGUUGAGCUGGAUUCCAAGAGAAGCCGAAGUUCAUGUCAAGAAGAUACUCGCGUAAUAGAGGAAAUUUUGCAGGAGCGAACUACUAUGAGCAAUACAAUGCAAUCUCGUCUUGCCAAGCUACAAGUUGUUAGGAGAUUUUGGAUGAAGAAGGAUUUGAAGUCAGCAGUGGAAACAAUGGCUAAAAUGGGAGAUAAAUCAGUUCUUGUAGAUGGUUUAAGUGUUUUGAUUGAGAGGAGUGAUGUUUUUACUUUAGAAAUCGCGGCCAUGCUUCUGCCGUUGCUUACCGGCCUUCUUGCUAGUGCAACACAAAGGCAUGUAAUGAUCUCGAUAGCGUUCACGUCGAUGCUGGUUAGGAAUUUUGGACAUGUCAUUAGCGACGCAGUCUUGACCUCUCCAACUUUGGGUGUGGAUUUGCAAGCCGAGAAGAGGUUUGGAAGGUGUGAUGCCUGUUUCAAGGAGUUGCAGCUUCUCAAACAAGGAUUGAAACCAUUUCUAAGGAAAAGCGGUGAGCUUGGCAAGGCUGCUCUUGAUCUCAAUUUGGCUUUAGACAGAAUGAACAUGUAAAUCAUGUAAAUUAUUUUUGAUAAAACAUUUGUUUUAU